AUGGCUCGGAAAUACGCUCCUGCUAGGAAGUCUGCUGCUGCUGAACAUGGUAAGCGAAUCGCACUCAAAGGACCCAAUUGUUGGAAUGAGUUCUUCAAAACCAAAGAGGUGCGAGAGGUCUUCCGAGGCAACAAAGGAAUUGACAAUGAGGAGGCCAGGGAGAAGGUGUCGAGUAUGUGGCACGGAAAGACAAAAGAGGAACAACGUGCCUACGUUACUGCUUCUGCCCCGCUUACGGUGGCGGAACAAGUUCUUGAUGUGGAUGGUAUGCGGCCAUCAACAGGUAAUCAAGGAAGGCGUACAAACUUAGACAGUUUGCUCACAGCUGAAGAAAAAGCUCUUGACGAUGACUCUGAGGAAGAAAAUUUCUCUGCCAAUCCACCAUCCAGCGUUGCUCGGAACCUGGCAUCAAUUUUGGAGACCCCUCAUCUGCGGAGCACAGUCUCCUUCAAGAAGGAUUCAGUUACGGUGGAGGAACACAUGGAUGAAUGGCUCAAGCAGGCUACCCGCCUCGGUGCAAGACACAGUGCUGAAUUUAUUAUCUUCGGGGUCUCCAAUCACCUUGGUCCGCAUGCCUUCCAAUUCAUGCGAAGUACGCCGGGGGCCACACCAUUCCUUCAAUUCAGUCUUGACUCCGAUCAAAAGAAGCAUUACCCUGCCCGGUUCCAGUCGUUCAUCACUGGGCACACUGAGAGCGAGUUAGCUGCACUGGCAAGACCAAAGAAAAAACGGUGUGCCAGAAAUGGAAUGUCAGUGACUGACCGCAUGCACCAGUUGAUCAGCUACAAGGUUGUUAUCGCACCCAAUGCAAGGAUUAACCCCAGUUGGAUCAUGAAGCCUAGCCGCUUCCUCAGUGGACCCCAAAUGCAGAUGCUUCAUUUAGAUCUGGACAGCCAGCUCAUUGAUCUUGUGCGAAUUCCCAGGGUCCCAUUUCCUAAGCCCUCACACGUCAAUCUUCCUAAGCGCUCGCGGGUCAAUAACAGCAUCUCCCACUCAUCAAGUUCUAGUCCGGAGGGAACAAACACAGGUGGAAAUGGCAACAGCAGUUUGGGAACUGGUGAACAUGAAUCAAUUUGUGCGAGUGUUUUUAAACUGGUCCUCUGA